GUCAAACAUGAGCGGAGGAGUCAACGUGAAGUCCGGCCCUCGAGUGGCGCCCCCCACUGGAAUCCCCCUCCCACGCAGUCCCGCAGGCCGUGCCGCUGACUCGUCACACGCGGCCACACCCACACACUCGCCCUCGCUGUGCCGCCGCAGCUGCAGCACCCCCUGCAGGAACCUGCUGGUGUCACGCUCCGCCUACAGCAGCCCACUGAGCCACCGCCGAGCGGCGCAGCCACCGCCACCACACGAUGGCAACCACAACUCAAACGCCUUCACCAAUCAGAACCAAGCGUGGGGAGCCCCGCCCCUCUGUCCACCACACGGCUCCAGAGAGGUCACGGCAGGCCCGGGAGGGGCGGAGCCUCCUGGAAACCGGCCCGCUCACUCUGCCACGGCGAUCAACGGCAACCUACGCCCGUCUGCCACGUGCUAUGAGCUCACCAGCAGGGGGCGCUUCAGCUCCAUGAGCCAGUCAGACGAGGAGAUGGGGACGUCGGAGGACAGCAGUAGCUCCGCCUCCUCUCCGGGGCCUCUGUCGUCACCACUGCCGCCACUGCCCCCGCCCAUCGCGUUCACGCUGCCGACCGUGUUGAAGACGAGAGACGAGCGAGACACGGAGACGGACACGCCCAGAGUCAACAUGGCCGCCGUGGCACCGUUCAGCUACAGGCUGCAGGUGCAGGACAGAGAAUGGUUGAUCGAACUCAGCGACUGCUCGUCAGGAUCUAUCGAAGUCUGCUGCGACGACCUCACGCCAGGAGCGACGCUGGAGGCUAACGUGGCCGACGUUAGCGCGACGGCUCAGUCCGCAGAGCUGAACCUCAGGUCCACCGCGUCCACCUCACACCUGCAGGCCAUGGCCUCCAGGAAGCCCAUGCCCAAGCCGUCCGCUCUGCCGCAGACGUCCUCGCGCCCCUCGUCCGCAUCGGAGCUCAAGGUCUACCGCCCGUCGUCCGGGUCCAUCCCCAUCCCGGUCCCCAACCCGUCUGGUCUUCGCAAGCAGCGCUCGCUCAGCAACCUGUAUGUGCUCACUGACGCCGAGAAGAAACUCCACCUGUACCAGUCUCCACGCUGCGGUGAUGGCACAAGCCUCUCUGGUGCUGGCACCAACAGAGCGGGCCAAACCAAACCAGGUCAGAGAAUACCACUGUCCCGGACCCUUUCAAAGUCAGAACAGUCUCUUUUCCAAGGAAAACCCAAACCUGUGUGCUCCCCGGCGGUGACGUCCAACACGGGGAAGAGGUCCAGUCGAAUUCCGGCGCCGGGUAAACCGCGGGGACCUUACGCCGAGGUCAAACCCAUCAGCAAAGCUUCUGAGGUGGAUCAGAGCACGGACACGGACCCUGAAGACCACCCGACCAAGACUCAUUCCAACGGAGCUGGGAAUACCGGGAGAAAGCCGGGGGACAAGGUCAGAUCUGCGUCUCUGUCAACAGAGGAGAAGAAAGACAGGAAAGGGAUGGAGGCGGAGGAUGACAAGAGCUUUCUGAAGGUGGACCCAGAGUUGGUGGUGACGGUUCUGGGAGACCUGGAGCAGCUGCUCUUCAGCCAGAUGCUCGACCCAGAGUCCCAGAGGAAGCGAACCGUGCAAAACGUCCUGGACCUUCGACAAAACCUGGAGGAAACCAUGACCAGUCUGAGGGGGGUGCAGCUGAGCCACAGCUGCGUGGAAGCAAACACAUGCUACGACAUCGACGAAGCCGCCGCCUUCUCCGUCUCUAGCCUCUCGAAUCGCUCGUCCCCGUUGUCGUGGCGCCACGGUCAGGCCAGUCCCCGCCUGCAGGCCGGCGACGCCCCGUCCACAGGGAACACGCAGGCGGAACACGUCCCGCUCCGGAUCAGCCUGAACUCGUCCCGCAUCCACCUCAUUGAGGCGCUGGACGUCACGGACGCGCCACUGCUGAAGGGAGACUACCUCAGCGACAGCGACCUCGGCGGGAAGAGCCCGACCGAGGACGAGGACGAGGACGACGAUGAUCUGGGCAACGGCUGGGACGAGAGCAGCUCCAUCAGCAGCGGUUUGAGCGACGGCUCCGACAACUUGAGCUCCGAGGAGUUCAACACCAGUCCCACCCUCAACUCCCUCCCCACCACACCCAUCGGCUCCCGCAGGAACUCCACCAUCGUGAUGCGUACAGACGCAGAGAAGAGAUCUCUGGUGGAAAGCGGUUUAUCGUGGGACAGUGACGACACCAAACCGGGCCGCAAGAGUCAGGGCGGCGGCGGCGGCGGUGGUGGUGGCGGCGUCUAUGAUACGGGAAGUCUCAAAUCCGAAUCGGCCAAUAAAUGGAAGAAGAGCAGGCCACAGGGGGAGGGGCUUGACGGAGGGCGGGGCGAACUAAGGAAACCACAAACCCUGGGUCACGGAAACGCGCUGAAGAAAGGAAAACACCCUCCUGUGGGAGUCACGUCACCGAUCACACACACCUCACAGAGCGGCCUCAAAGUGGCAGGUACUGUUAAGUCCGAUGGGAAGCCCAUGGAUAAGUCUCGGUUAGCAGUGAAGACCUCGGGUCUUCAGCGAUCAUCUUCCGAUGCCGGUAAAGACCACCGGAAUGGCACCAGUGCCGUUGAACAGCGUAAACCUCCCUCCGGCCUGGUCAGGCCCUCGACUGGUGGCAACUUUGGCUUCAAGAAGCCAAACACAGCUGCCAGCACAGGUGUCAGUGCCAUCCCCACCAGCUCCUCAACUGUGGGGAAGAUUCCCAAGACAUCAGGUAUUCCUGUCAAACCAGCAGCCAGCGGUGUAGGUGGAGGAGGACGCAAGACAAGUUUGGACGUUUCCAACAGUGAUCAUAGUGGGUUUCUUUCCCCGAAUGCCAGGACAUCUCUCCAGUACCGCUCUCUUCCUCGUCCUGCCAAGACGAGCACCCUGACUCUCACCCGGCCGAGCUCGGCUCGCCCUGUAAGCACAACUUUGGACACAAACUCUGGACUGACCAAACCCUCCGUGACAGCGCCGCAGGGCUCCAAGCUCAAAGAACCUGGCUCAGGACUUGGUUCUGGAACAGGGCUGAGUAAGACAGGUGGUCGUGGGAUCCCAAGUCCUGGUCCUGUCAAUCAAACGGACAGAGAGAAAGAGAAAGAGAGAGCCAAAGCUAAAGCAGUAGUGUCCGACUCAGAGUGUGGAGGUGGUUCUCUGAAGGGAGGCUGUGCUCAGACACUCACAGAGAAUGGAACAAAGCUACAGGGUCUGCGACCUCCCAGCAGUGGGAAGAGCAUGGACGCGCCCUCGACCAACACACACAGAUUAUCUGGCGUGCGCAGCCUGGUGAAGCCUCCAUCCAUGGCCCAGCUGGAUAAGAUGAACUCCAACAGCCUGGAUGUGGGGGUCCACGACUCUCUGCCUCCAAAGAUCCCCCCGUACUCUAAGCUCCAGGACUUGGCCGGAUCAACGGGAAGCUCCUCCUCCUCCUCGAGCUCGCGCCUGACCCCCAGCCCCGCCCCGCUCCUCAACGUGAACUCCUCGGCCUGCUUCUCCACCCCGGGCAUGAGCCUGGGGCAGCGGCAGGUGUCCUCGCUCGGGGUGGACGCGAGCAGAGGCGGCGGCGCGUCCCCUCUGCUCUACCCGCGUCUGUCCGGGCUGCACCGCAGCAUGGAGUCGCUGCCGCUGCACAUGAGUCUGGCGCCGGAGCCUCAGGUGACGGAGAAGAACCGGGAGAGGGAGAAUGUGACGAGAGGCUACGCCGGCGCAGAGGCGAAGAGGGACAGAGAGAGACCGGAGGACAGAAGCUGUGCGGCCAGCAGGAUCUCACUGACUGUCCCUGACAACUCACAGAGGGACAGAAAUACGCUGCCGAAGAAAGGUUUAAGUUUCAGCGGCGCCCCCCAGGCGGAGGAGGAGGAGUUGAAGGAGAAAGGAGAGAGGAGACACUCCCACUCUGUCCUCGGCAUGACCGACUCCCUCGCUCUGCCUCUGCUGUCGUCGCCCACCUCACUGCCUCGCUCCUCAAAGACCACCGGGGUUCCCAGUCCUGUGGGCGGAGCUCCAAGGAUGACGCGCUCCAACAGCAUCCCGACACACGACGCCGCUGGUGAGCUGUACGGAGCGUCACCGCUGGGCAGCACGCUGUCGCUGGCCGAGCGUCCGCGCAGCAUGGGAAUGGUUCGCUCCGGAUCCUUCAGGGACAAGGAAGCCGAUGAAGUUCACGGCUCCGUCCUCUCUCUGGCGUCCAACGCCUCGUCCAGUUACUCCUCGGUGAGUGUGGACAGCAUGAAGACACAGGCUGAGGAAAGGAUUCAGGGAGAGCAAAUCCGCAAACUGAGGCGUGAGCUGGAGUCGUCGCAGGAGAAGGUUUCGAACCUGACCACGCAGCUGAUGGCAAACGCAAAUCUGGUCGCUGCCUUUGAGCAAAGUUUGACUCUGAUGACGACUCGUCUGCAGAGUCUGUCGCUGAGCCACGAACAGAAGGACACAGAGCUGCAGGACCUGCGAGACACCAUUGACACGUUGAAGAGCAGGAAUGAAGAGGCUCAGGCGGUGAUACACGGAGCACUAAACAAUCCAGACAUGAAAGAACCGCAAAUCCGACGUCAGAACUCGUGCGAGAGCAUCUCGAGUCUCAACAGCCUGACGAGCAUGUCGAGUGUCGGCAGCCUGAAGGACCAGGACGCCAAGAAGAAGAAGAAGAAGAGCUGGCUAAGGAGCUCCUUCAACAAAGCUUUCAGCAUCAAAAAAGGCCCCAAAACCUACUCGGACAUCGAGGAGAUCGCCACCCCCGACUCCUCAGCUCCAAACUCCCCAAAAAUGCUUCACGAGUCGGGAGAAGGAGGAGAUGAUCCGCCUAUGUUCCUUAACGCCUCCAUGUCUGCGUCGUCCUCUGCGAUCAUGGAAACGACAGAGGAGGACAGCAUCGAGGAGUCGGCGGUGUCGGACCUUCGCUCCGAACUCUGGGAGAAGGAGCGGGCACUGACGGACAUCCGGCUGGAGGCGUUAAGCUCUGCCAGUCAGCUGGAACAGCUCAGAGAUGCCAUGAACAACAUGCAGUCAAUGGUGGAGAACUUGAAGGCGGAGAACACCCAUUUGAAAACAGGAAGUCAGCUCCCCAGCACAGGCUCUGGCCCCACCUCCUCCACCUCGCAGCCCUCAGGCCUGGCCUCUUUGCUGGGGCCGUCACUGAGGCAGCCAAUGAGCAUGAACCUCACCAAGUCCUUCAGCCUCAGUCUGAACGACUGUAAAGAUCCAGACGUGACGCCGGCUGACACGCAGAGUGUGUCUUCUUCGCAGGACGACGUGUGCGUCCGAGUAUUGGUCGUCAGUGAAGAACCAGCAGAGGUGUGUAAACAGCAGCAGGAGUUCUACCUGGGCUCCGUGCUCGUCAGUGCCAGGACGGACUGGACCUGUCUCGAUGCACUCGUAGCCAAAAUCUUCAAAGACUACCUGACUCAGGUGGACCCCACAGCCAGCCUGGGUCUGUCCUGUGAUUCGCUGCACUCGUACCAGCUGACCUACGGGGGCCAGCGGGUGAUGGGAGGCGACAAACCUCAGGCUUCACCUCAUCGCUGUCUCGGCGGUGGUUCGGCUCGAUUAUUUGUCACAUUGAAAGGUCUUACAGAAAAAUGUGUGGACUCUCUGGUGUUUGAGACUCUGAUCCCUAAACCCAUGAUGCUGCACUACAUCAGUCUGCUGCUCAAGCACCGGCGCCUGAUUCUGUCCGGACCCAGUGGGACAGGAAAGAGCUUCCUGGCCCAGCGUCUGGCCCACUACCUCCUGCAGCGCAGCCGGAUCGACUCGUCCGAGGCCGACCGCGAGACGUGUUCGCUGGGUGGCAGCGCCGCCGUCACCUUCAACAUGCACCAUCAGACACAGAAGGAACUGCAGCUGUAUCUGUCCAACGUAGCCAAUCAGAUCGACAGAGACGCUGGAGGAGAUCUGCCGCUGGUGGUUAUCAUCGAUGACAUCAGUAACUCAGCUGCCGUCACUGAGCUUGUUAAUGGAGCUCUGACCUGCAAGUAUCACAAAUGUCCUUACAUCAUCGGAACAACCAAUCAGCCGGUGAAGAUGUCGUCCAAUCACGGGCUGCACCUGAGCUUCAGGAUGGUGAUGUUCUCCAACAACGUGGAACCAGCCAACGGGUUCCUGCUGAGGUACCUGCACCGGAAAGCCGUGGAGGCCGACCAAGUGGAGCAGCAGGACCCGACGUGCCGCCAAGCUCUGCUCCGUGUCCUGGACUGGGUUCCUCAGCUCUGGUACCACCUCCACGCUUUCCUGGAGAAACACAGCACUUCUGACUUCCUUAUAGGUCCUUGCUUCUUCCUGUCGUGUCCAGUGUCGGUGUCAGAGUUCAGGCAGUGGUUCAUCGACCUGUGGAACCACUCCAUCAUACCGUACCUGCAGGAGGGCGCCAAAGAUGGCAUCAAGGUUCGUGGGCAGAAGUCGGUGUGGGAGGAUCCGGUGGAGUGGGUGAGGGGAACUCUGCCGUGGCCCAGUGCACAGCAAGACCAGUCCAGACUCUUUCACCUACCUCCCCCCAGCAUCGGUGCCUCCAGUGAGGAGAAGAAACCCCCCAAAGAUACACCUCCACCCAGCACGCUGGAGUCAGACCCACUGAUGGCGAUGCUGCUGAAGCUCCAGGAGUCGGCGAACUACAUCGAGUCUCCGGAGCGGGAAGGUUUUGAUCCGACGCUGCAGACGACGCUGUGACGCCACGGAGCGACGGCGAGGCCGUAAAAGACUCAAUAAUGAACGUUGUCAUGUGCUCAGUGAAUCUACAGAAACACAGAGAGAGUUGAUGAUGAUGAUCUGUUUGUUCCAGAUUUAUCGUCUUUGAAUCUGCAAGUGCAUGGUAAAGCAGAAUAAUAUGAUUACGAAAAACAUGACGUAUAAUCCUACUGAUCGAGACUCUUUACGUUGUUUGUUCUUUUCGGGUUUUGUUUUUGUUUUUUCUCAACUCUCACGACAACUGUCGGUGCUUUUCUUCUUGUUCUUCCUUUUCUUUCUUUUACCAGUUUUUUCUUUCCAGAAAAGACAUUUCCUCAAACGUAGGAUGCACUUUAUUUUCUACACCUGGUAAUUGGACGUAAAAAGGAGGCCAAACCCUUGCAGUUCAUCAAUAAUUCCUCAAGAUGGCAGCAUCUGUGUGGGUUUUUUCCUCUUGUUAAAGGUGCUCAGUCAAACACACGAAACUGCUGGUUUUUGACGUUUGUCGGAAACUCUUCCGGCGUUUUUUCCGUACUUCAGGAUCAAACAUUGUCGCGUUUGACGAUUGUACGACUUUAUCUAUAAAAUAACUCUUGAUUUUGUAGGAUUUUAUACUGAGUCAUCUCUAGUCAACACAGUAACUAUAACAAACACGUCGUCGUCAGUGUAGAGUCGCACAAAUGUCGCAGUUUCAGUCGUUUUUUUCCGACAAAAAAUGUACAAUGUUCUUUCUUAUUUUAUUUUAUUUUAUUAAAUAACUUUGUUAACGUUUCCUUCGUCGCGGAGUUACAGGGCUGAGGAUUGCGAGGAUUGAAUCUCCGAUUUUUCUUUAAGUGGCUUCCUCUCGUUUCUUCCCUUCUCUCGUUUGCACAUAAUAUUAUGUUUCCGAGAGUACGACAUAUGAGUAUUUAUUGCUCACAUCUCGACGGUUCCUUUAGAACGAAGGAAGACGCAGUCGGACCUCUCGGCUUCCACACCUGUUAGUGUGACAUACCUCAGACCAGGUGUGGUUUUUUUUCUUCAUAAACGUCCGUAGACAGCGAAGCUGACGCUGUUUUUCCUGAAGUCUCUCUGUGCCUGAAUCACAGUUUGGCCUGUAGCUGCUUUAAGUGACCACACAGAGGGCCUCGACUCAAAGAGAGCGUCCUCUCUCUGAUGUCACUUUAAUGUCGUCACCUCCAUGCCCAGGUGUGGGCGGAGCUUGGGUUUAUAACUUUUUUUUUUUGUUUUUUUUACGACAUUUUUGGACUUAAAGCUGUGGUAGGCGGGAUUCUCAUGGUGCUUUUAAAUGCGACUCUUAAAUUAGUUUCGCUAGCGUGCAGGUAACGCUAAUGUAAUACUGUUAGCUAACUUUUUCUAAGAAAAACUAAACACUUAAACUCUGUAUUUGAAUUCUGUACGACAAAAUCUCACAACACAGACAAUGUCACAUGACGGGCUGUCGUAAAAUACCGACAACAAGUUUAACGCCAAUUUACAACGUUUUGGGUUGUACCAUUUUUUAAACUUUGUUGACUCGUCUCGUAAACAUGGGAAACACAAAAGCAUUUUAACACACGUCUUCCUGACAGGCUGCCAUUGGUGAUGUCAUCUUUCAGCUAAUUUUUUAGCUAUUUUCCUGCCAAUUUACAAAGUCAUGGGCUCCACCAUUUUGGAAAGUGUCUGUGAACACUUGAACUUGUUGACUCAUCUCGUAAACAUGGAAAACACGAUAACAUUUUAAUGCACCAAUUUCCUGAAAAGCUGCCAUCAGCGACGUCCUCUAUUAGCUUUUUUUCUUUUAGCAAAUUUUCCGCAAAUUUACAUCGUUGUGGGCUCCAUUAUUUUUGAAGAUGUCUGUGAAAAAUUAUACUUCGUUGACUCAUCUCGUAAACUGGGGAAACACGAUAACAUUUGAAUGACGUCAUCUUUUAGCUCAUUUUGUAGCUCAUUUCCCGCCAAUUUACAACACAUUUAUUCACGUACAAACAGCCAAACCUAACCUCACAUGAAGGCAGGACCCCGCCUCCUGUUCUGGCUUCUGAUUGGUUGAUGUUUUUAUUCAGAUAUUAAACUCAGAUUUUUCAGAUUACUGACUGCAGCUUUAAAUAAUACGUGUUUUGGGAUUGAGAUUAUCCGUCUUUUGCUCCUCCCACCUGAUGCAUACACUUCAUAUUAUCUCGCCUACCCCAGCUUUAAUUGUGAAAGAGUCAGAGGAAGUGAACGGAUGAAACGUUAACGUAUGUGUCAUUGGACCUAAAGAAAAACACAGUUAUCGUAACAGAUGUUUUUAAAUAACUGGAUUUCUUCCUUUUCCGAUCAAACUUCUGUUGUUGUUGUUGUUGUUGUUUUGUUUCUUAUGCAAAUAUUUGUAGUUUUGUUCCCCACAUGACAUCACUAUUGUACACAAUGUAAAUACGGAGAUCAUUGCAUCUGCGACAGCAAUCAUCAAAAAUAAAGAAGAGUGAGUGGAGGUCCGUCUUCGUCCUGUAGGGGGCAGCAACAGCACUUACAGCAGCACAUUGGCAUGUUGUGUGACGUCACAGUCCAUAUGAACAACACUGAGCUGUGGACAAUAAAAAUAAAAGUCAUGCCAUUGUUCACCUUCA